AUGGUGAGUGUCGAGGAAGCAGAGCAGAGAAGAAUGUCUAGCCCCGCACAGCAACGGCUUAAAAUCAUGACGUUUAACGUCAGAUUCGCCGGCGCAAAUGACGGACUAAACGGCUGGGAUUACAGAAAGGAUCAUGUGGCAGACAUUAUUAAUCGAUAUCGUCCCGCUAUCAUUGGGACGCAGGAGGGACUCAAGUCGCAAUUGACAGAGCUCGAAGGUUUGCUAGCGCAUCCAUACAAGCGCUUUGGUGUUGAGCGAGAAAAAAAUGGCGAGUUCGUGCAGAUUUUUUACGAUACAACUGUGGUAGAAUGUUUAGAUGAUGGAAAUUUCUGGCUCUCGGAAUCACCUGACACGCCAUGGACAAAGGGAUGGGAUGCUGCUAAUGUGCGCAUGGUCACUUGGGGCAAGUUUCGCUUGUGUAUUACGCAUCAGGAGUUUUUCGUCUUCAAUACGCAUCUGGAUCAUGUUGGUCUUAAGUCUCAUGAAGAAGGGUCAAAACUACUGCAUGAACGCAUUGAAAAGAUUGCAGGACGCACUCCAUUGUUUCUUUUGGGAGACUUUAAUUCGUACCGCCACACUUGCCUGUAUAAGUACUUGACAUCCCAAAAGGAAGGACCAAGGCUCAAUGAAGCAUGGUCCGAAGCGACAAUUCAGAUUGGGGACGUCUCCCAUUCAUUUCAUGACUGGGCUGGUAUCAAGAGCGAUACCGAAAAGGAUACGAUCCGUGGUGCAAACCACAUCGACUGGAUUUUCUAUCGCCCACAGAUGACGGUACUGACGACACAAGUUAUUAUUGAGGACCGCAACGGACGCUACCCAUCGGAUCACUACCCAGUUCAGGCUGAAGUGAUCAUACCUGCACCAGAAGAAGCGUCUUUGCUGCAAACUUAG